GGGCCCGGCAUAAAACGGAAAACUUGUUAGGAUGGAUAAACUGCGAGGCAACAAUGCGGCUGGCGAGAAUCCCUUCAAGCGCCCGAUGAAUGCCCUCCAGAAGCAGUGGUACCGCGUCCUGCUGGCCCGCCGUGUGGGAUUCGGGCAGCGUCCUCCGCCCGACGAAAAGGAGCUAACGUACGCCGACAUUUGUCGUAAGCGCUAUGCGGCAUCGUUCCGGCGAUACAACGAGUGUUUCCGCCGGGAAAUGGCCAAACAUGAGGAGAUGCAGCGAUGCGCCAUCGACGCCAUGAGGGUACACAGAACCUUUGCCAUCACCACACUUUGGCUGCCUCUGCACUCGAAGCGGGAAAUCAACUCCACGCUGGAAACCCUCGAAAAGGUUCUCACCGCCAAGGAAAGACGACGCCUGCAGGAGAUUCUCAAGCAGGGAGAGUCCUGGCACUCGCACCGCUGAAGCUACAUCCCAGGUCACUACUCAGAUUCAGAUUCAGAUACUGAUUCAGGCUCGGAUUCAGAUUCCGAGCCGUAGUCAUUCCCUGCACAUCACCAUCAUCAUCAUCAGCUGCCACGGCUAAGUGAAUUCCAUUUAGCUUGGAUUUCAGUCUUCCAGGGAGCCUGAUUUUCUUUUUUCACUUUUCCUUCGCUUUGUUCUUGAA